GCCGAUAAAAAGAAUCGUGAAUCCACUUCACGGAUAUGUGAAUGCAUUCAUUCUAUUUACCUUUCAUUGAGUCGGUUGCUACCUAGUAACGACGAGUCACAGUAUCACGACGAGCUGUCGAGUUUUCUAGGCCGAUCGAUUAUUUUCCUGUUAUAGCAUAUAAAGAAAGGGAUAACCAAAGGCUUACUUUAGGCCUAUAUUUAUUUACCGGUUAAAUACUGAAACAUUAGCAGCUUGCGAAGUCAAGUACUAUGUAUCUCCAUGGUACUACAUAGCGACGAGUCCAACGCUCUGCGUCAGAAUCACAUUGAAUCGGUUUGGAGUAUACCGGUACUGCAUAACAAGGACGAUAGACGACAUAUUUAUAUAUAUAUGUAUAUUUAUAAAGAGUUAUGUUUAGUAAAACGGACAAUUAUAACUAGCGGAAUUUUCAAAUCAAUAACUAUGCUUUGAUGAAAUCUGGAAACCCCCCAUUAAUCCACGACAUUCCGCCACUUGCUGCUGGUAACCAAGGCAAUUGAACGCACCUUAAGCCGGCGAUAAUAAUACACCGAUCAUUCUAUUAUAAGACAUGAUGUUGACUGUGCUUCUUUAUAUUCUGUAGUGAGAACUCGUGAAAAUAACAAAAUGCUGCGUAUUUUUGUAGCAAAUGAAGGCAACCGGUGCGCACUGGACGUAGCCACCACUGAUAAUGUCGGCAAAGUGAAAGACAGAGUACAAGACGUGUUCCAGAUCGAUACGAGAAGUAGCGGAGAAAAGAAAUUUGUUGUGUUGUCUUAUCAUGGAUCGGAGCUACAAGAUAACUGGGAAUUCGGCGACAUCGGUAUCAUGGCGGGGGCGACGCUACGAUGUAGCCUGAAAGAGGAGGUAACUCCGAAACUCUACGUGAACACGUCGUAUAAUGACGAAACCGUUGAGGUCACGCAGGAAAUCAAGUUUCAUUCUGCUAGUGUGCGUGAUUUGCGGUCGAUUAUUUCGUUCGAAACGGGUUUACCGGUUACGACGUUUAGGUUAUUGACAGUUGAUGGAGUCGAAAUGUUCGACCCGAUCAAGAUCGACGAUUACGGCAUCGAACUCGGCAGUCGCGUGACCUUAAAUACCUGGGAUGGCUGGAAUGAAUUUCUGAAAGCAUGUAUGAUCGGACAUACGUCACAGGUUAUUCAUCACAUGUCACAAGAUGAAAUGAUUGUUAGAUAUCAGAGUCGAGUGGCGUUAUUUAUCGCAGCACAUCACGGGCACAUGGACCUUGCGACGGCAAUGUUGCGGAACGGCGUGCGGUCUGACGAAGCGGUGGGCGACCAUCCGUCAAGAGAAUGGUGCUCGAGUAGUCAUGUGGAGGCAUACAGUACGCCCGUUCACGAAGCUGUUGUGACUGGACAACUCAGUAUUCUUCGUAUAUUCGUUUACCAUAACAUAUGCUGUGUGACUUGUAAAGAUGGAAAUGGACUCACGCCACUCAAUAUCGCACUUAGACGGCAAAAACGCGACGUAGCCGUAUACCUACUGACAAAGCAAUGGUCAAAUGUCCAAUUUAAUAGUAUGACCCUUCCGUUGACUAUAUAUUCACAUAUAAGGAAAUGGUGCGACCGGGCUAAGGAACGUGUUAUGCUUAUACACGGACCCGGCAGAUCAAGUAUGCGAUUUCGUCGAACGAAACAAGGCGGUGCACUUUGCGGCCAAGGGGUCCAAGUUGACGGUUUCACUGAAAGUGGAUUAAAUUCUCAUUCGAAAGGACGUAGCUACGAACAAAUGAAAAACAAAAGCUUGGUGCUUGUUCGAAAAUACAUGAGCCACGACGACCCUGAAACAGAGGUGACCCCGGUGACAAAACUACCCCGAAUACAGGCUGUAAAAACGCCAUCAUUGGUGACAUUUUAUCGACGGAAAGCUCUGGAGAAAAAAAAUACACGCCAAAGUACCGAGGAUUUAAACCGACACAUAAGUAGGAGAUUCAACGAGAAAAAUAUUCGCGGUAACUUGCCAAAAAUUGUAGAAAGAAACUCGUCACAGAAUGAACUCAACAAAGACGAAACAAGCCGGUCGUCCUAUGUGCAUACUCCAGGCACAGGACGAAAACGAACAAAGCUUGAAGUUCUUCCUAAAUUAGAACAAUCGUCAAAUCCGUCAUUUUCAAAAUCAUUUGCCGAAAAGGAGAAAGAGAGAAAAACACGGAAAAAAGACGCCAACAUGGAAAGCCUGAUACCUUUACCGAUUAUGAGUACCGAUACGGCACCGGAAAGACCGUUUUACUUUUGUCGCUCGCAUAGGGACAACAUUCCACGUCUGACAGUCGAUCUUUACGAGGACGUGACGGGAACCACGACGUGGGAGCGAGCGAUUGAAUCUCUAACGAUCGCUUCAACAUUCACAGAAAAGCCAUGGCUUCACCAGGUCCGUUUAGCAAUGAGUCUUUCUAAACAGCACGUUAAGAAAUUAGGGAAAGGUUCCAAGGUACGAAGGAAGCGGGAUAGAGCAUAUAGGCCCAUAUCGACAUCACACACUUCAGAAAGCACGAACUCCCAGAAAGAUAUUGGGGAAAAUAAAGAGAGAGAUUAUGAAACACAAUUGAUAACGAAUAACGAAAUGACUGUUGAUGUACUGUCUUAAAGCGACAUCUAGAAAAAAAUUAAAUGUAAACUUCUACCGUACACAAAAAUGACUACCGUUAACUCAAAGUAGGGUUAUCUUGUUUAAAUUUGCGACCUACGCUCUUCAAUUCGUCAAAAUGUUUGUUAAACACCUACAUCGAAGAGGGGAUGGGGGGGGGGGGGGGGGGGGGGGAUGACGAAAAUUCAUGACCUUUAUGGCUUUUGUGACCCAUUUUCAAAGGUUAUAUCUUUUCAACAAUGUUGCUAACAAAAACUUUCAAUUUAAACAAUGGUAAAUGUUAUCUGUUUUGAAACCCGGAAUUAAAAAUAAGUCAGAUUUGUUUCUGCGGAAAAUUUGAAAUUUUAUUUUAGUAGCGUCUACGUGCACAAAUGAUUGGAUUUAAUAUUUGCAAUAACAUCGCUCUUUUGUCAUAUACUAAUUAUGCAUAUACGGGAUUAAAUAUGAAAGCAGUA